UCGAAGCACCGUAGAAAGAACGGCUUAAUCACUGCGCAUGCCCAAUUUUCGUAGUGUGUGUGUCCUGCAAGAAAGUAUUUCAUUAGGUACUGGAUUUUGAGUCGUUUAUCGAAGUGUUGACUCGCCUGUAGCCGAGUGGCGCGCCAGACCUCGCCAUGUUCCUAACUCUGGCCCUCCUGAAGAAGGGCAUCCCGGGCAAGCAGUGGAUCGGCAAGUACCGGCGCCCGCGGCCCAUCACCUGGCAGAUGCAGCGCAACAUGGUGAAGCAGCUGGAGCGCGAGAUGGAGAACGAGUACUGGAUCAGCCGGCCGUACAUGAGCCUGGAGCAGGAACGGGGGCACGCGGCCGCCCGGCGCAAGCAGAUGUGGGAGGACAUCCGCGAGGCGCGCUUCGUCGCUAAGUUCCCCGAGCACAAACGCCUGGAGGACCACUUGGGCCACCUCAACACCACCAAGACCUGGUCCAGCUAGAGACACUCGCCUUGUGCUGAGUGACCAGAGACUGCUGCUGGGUUUGUGGAGAGUAUAUGGGGAUGGAGAAGUCCUGUCAUGGACACAUGGGUUAUAUGCAUCUGGUGUGUGUGUGUGUGUGUGUGUGUGUGUGUGUGUGUGUGGAUUUGUUUGUGUGGAUUUGAAAAUAAAUGUCUUUCAUUGUGAUUAAUUAUGAAAGAAAGACAUGCUCUU